AUGGGAUUCAUAAAUGGUAAUUCAAGUGUUCAUGAUAAUAGAAAGUUACCAUUUAGGACUAUAUUGCUACUAGUUAUCUGUUCAAGCUCAUUGGCUAUAGGAGUUUAUGGUAUUUCUCAGUUCAUUAAAUUUAAACAGGAUGGUAAUGACAGAAUAAUAUUUCUUCCUUUAUGGUUUAAUGCCAAUUGGCUAUUUAAAAGUACAUAUUCAUUUCCCAAGGAUUUAAAAUACUUAGAUAGAGAGUAUUUUGACUACUGUACGGUGGAAAUGAACCAACAAAACUCAACUAAUGAUUUUUCCGAUGUCAAAAACUUUAUAAAGCUUCUAAUAGAUGAGAAUAUCAAAUAUAAAGUACUAGAGGAAUUAUCGCUAAACAACAGUAUUAGGAAAAUGUUUAAAUUGCCACUAGGUAUAGAUCUUGAUACCCCUAAAUUUAAGAUAUGGCUAGAAACAAAGUACCCAUCUGUCUCAGGAAUUCAAAUAAAUAUGGAAAACAAUAAUGGUGUUUCAUCGGUAAAUAUGGGCUGGGUUAUUAAACCGUUGAAUUUUAAUUCGAUAAUAAAUGAUGCGCUAGUACUGGCAGGUUUGAAACUCGAUAGAAUAAAUACGGAUGAGUCAAUGACAGGGUCGCUCUUGGAGAAUGGUAUAAAAGAAGCGAAGUCUAUCAGUGAACGUAAACACAUAAAUACAAACAAGGACUACGAUGUACUCUUUACGGGUGAGUUCAAAAUCAAGGAUAAGUACCAGGUUGAGAAAGGUACUUUGUCUUACAAAGGCAUGUUCGAUUUUAGUCAUUUAAUGAUUAACAGAGGGGUUAAAAUUAUCGAAAUGGACAUGAUCUUGGAAACUAACGAAUCAGAAUAUAUUAAGUAUAAGAUACUUUAA